GACCAAAUAACACUUGGUCCUCGAACGGCACUGUCCCCAUAAAGGCGAUUCUCUUCGCGUUGGAACGAUGCGUGGAAUACAUAAGUAUCUGCGAGCAUGAGGAUAUCGAUGGACAAAAGUACAGGAACUUAUCAUCCUCUGACUGGGCUCUCUUCCUAGUGUGGCACGAACAAUUACUGCACAGACACGAAAUAUUGCAAAAGAAUCAGGGACUAGACAUAGAAGUAUGAAUCCAACACAGAUAUCGAAAGGAAGAUUAAUUCCAUCGGGUACUUUUGCCAGGAACUCUUACGGUUCACGGUUAACACUCUGAGAGAAAUGACACGGCGGCGACCUCAAAGUCACAUCGAUGGAAUGAGGAACGUGUGGAUCUUGAAGCCAGGUGACAAGAGUUUAGGAAGAGGUAUACUUUUGAAAAGUUCACUGAAAGGUAUCCUGAGCAAGAUACAUCAGACCACGAAGGAAUGUAUGCAAUACGUCAUACAGAAGUACAUAGAACGACCUCUGUUAGUUCAUAAAACUAAAGUGGAUGUUAGACAGUGGUUCUUGAUCACCAGCACGCAACCCCUUAUCGUUUGGAUGGAUAUUCUACUUCGUUUCGCGUCGAAAGAUUUUACGCUCAAGAGCUUUCACGAAUCGAUUCAUCUGUGCAAUACAACCGUGCAACUGAAGUACAGGAAAACAGUGAAACAAAAUGCACAGAUACCUAGCGAACUUCACUGGAAUCUUCAGAAAUUCAAGGAAUAUCUAAAAACGACCAAUCGGGAAUCGGCAUGGGAGAGGGUCAUCGAGCCGGGUAUAAAGCAGAAUUUAAUAGGUGCACUCCUGGCAUCUCAAGAAAACAUGGUCAAUCGCAAGAACAGCUUUCAAUUGUACGGUGCUGAUUUUUUAAUAAUGGAUGACCUGUCGGUCUGGUUGAUCGAAAUCAAUACGAACCCCCGACUACACCCGCCAAGUAGCUCGGUCACGGAAAAACUUUACCCGGAAGUGAUAGAGGAUACCAUGAAAGUGAUUCUAGAUCGACGUAAAAAUAAGAAGGCUACUCGUGGUAAAUUCGAAUGUAUUUUCAAGCAACGAAAUCCGUUUCAUGGACACGCUUUUGGGAAAGCUGCGAGCCUUGGAAUCCGAGGCAAGGCUUUAAUUUCAACUCAAGGUUUGCUUCGAAAACAGGCUGAUAAACUACACGAUAUAGUGCCCACACUAACAGUAAUACCACGGAGAAAAUAAGAUAACAAAUGUAAUAAAAACAUGUUUAUUUUACAAGUAACAAUGUUGCGGGUAUACAAUCCUAUAUAAACAGAUGUUUUGCUUUUCUCGUUAUAUUAAUACACAUCUAUACACGACUGCGUACAAGACAUACUCGUUCACGGUUCCAUUCAUACGUUUUUACACGUACAAAAUGAUCCAUUCAACGUGUCGUUUGUCUUUUUUUUUUUUAAACCGAUAUCGUUUUUUGCAUUGAUUUCAAUUAAAAACGAACAGUUUGUCUGGUUUUUAUCUGAACGAAUUCUGUAACAAAAUCUAGAUGUAUGAACGACCCAUAACAACUUUCGUUUAAUAUACUAAAAACAGGAAGGAAAAACAAAGAAAAAUAGAGUAAGUCUUCUUUUUUUACUAUUGCCUCGAAACUGGUGUUACAGAUACAGAUAAUUAUCUAUUCUCGUAGAAAAUUCUUUUAUGCGAUUGCGUUUUAUUACAAAAUCUACUUGGUCGUGUUAAUAAUAUGACCGUCUCAAAGUUACCAACUGCCAUCGACCUCAAAAUGCGAAUACCUUUAAUACGAUUCGUGAUUCAUUAAUAUAUCUAACUGAAAUAAAAUUAUUUUCUGUAUAUUAUAAUUACAGAGAAACGGUAGUAUUGUAUCAAUUGCAUCUGCAAUUUGUAAAACAUACCUAACUAGACUAGACCACACUUUCUGCCAGAAACAGAUCAAGCGAACCUUCAUCGAAUGUUUCUAUUGCGUUAGACGUAAAAAAAAAAAAAGAGAGAAUUUA